AUGACUGCCGUGGCCACUUUGUCAUUGCCGAUACAGCCGGACAUCUCCCGGAAAGGACGUCUAGCAAACUGGAAAGAAAUUCCUUCCAUAUUGUGCGUUACCUUGAUAGUCCCAAGAGAGAAAGUCAAAGUCAUCACAGAGGUCGACACCAGGGAGAUCGGAACACCUAUUAUGCAAUGCUUGAUACAGUCGUCUAUGAGCUACAAGUCUAAGAGAUGGCAGAAUAUCUUUUCCGUGAUUCAGAUCUCCUUCGGCAACCUUUCCACAACAGGGACCCGAUACACGGACUCAUUCCAAGUUAAUAUUGAAGAGGAUCAACUCAGGUGGCGCGGUACCUCCCCUCUCUUAGUGUUAUUUCUGGUCCCGACCUGGACACUGUUGCUGGAGCCACAAGAUGCAAAGAUUGCCUUUGGUAUUCAAAGCACGCCAGAUGCUGCACGCACUUUCAUAAGUGCUUUGGGAGUAGAGAUGAAUAUCUUCGAGACAACCUUGGGAGAUGAGAAAAGCGUCUUCUUCACCAGAUUUGCUCCGAACCAGAAGGAUGAUUCUUCCCUAAUGCUACAUCCAAGCUCAAGAAAAUCAGGUCCAAGCACAGAAAAAUCUGGUGUUAGUAGCACAAUCUCUGCGAAUAUCGAUCUUGCAACACUGAAAUUGACUACUCUGACUUGCCGGCUCUAUAUGCUCUCUAGCGAUCUCCAGAGGGCAUUGCAAAGCGGUGGCGCAGUCCAGACUAGCCAGAAGUCACCAUGCACCUUCUUUGAAACCGUUGGUCCGAACUCUAUACCGAUCGUUUUUCACUUUCCCGCACCUGUUAUCAGAAUGAAAAGCAGAACCAGAAUUGCUCGUAAGUCUUUGUACAUUGAGGUCGAAGCGCCACUAGCGGAUGUCACAAUCUGGAAAGACUUUCCAGCCUACCUCUAUCCAGUCCUUUUGACCCGCAAUAUCCCCAUCUUGUGGAAUAUGUCGCGUCUAAACUUGGAAUGCUUGCCAAUUAUUGACACCUCGAAGAAGGUAGAGAUACAAUGGCUCAACACACAUAUUGGCGGGAUGUUCAAUACGAGAGAACGCCAGCUAAAGGCCCAAGCAACGGCUGCCACUGCCAAGAGAGAUGUUCGUUUCGCGUUCAGGGACUCUUUGCUUACGCUUUUCAUGCUUUUCACUGGUCUCCAAGGCCACAAAUCACACAUUACUACCCUUAACAACCCUACAGGUGGCGGCGUACACGUGAUUAUUCUCGUUAACAGUUUGAAACUCGACCUUAGCAAUCGAACAGUGUUCCUUGACUGCGCCAUGCUGCCCCUCACACGUAAGCUCAUGCCACAACUGGGCCUGUUCCUCCGCGACUUUUCCGGUCUGGAGGUCUGCCACAUCGAGGUUGAUACUGAUGAGAUGCAACUAUGGAGGCAGAAUUUGCCUGCGAUGGUGGAACGCUGUCGAUCGUGGUCGCAUCAAGCUUGCUGCGAAUACCGCGCUCAAGGCCGCAUUCCUCUAUCCAUAGAAAAUGGUCACCAGGUUAUUUGUUCUUGUGGAAAUGGGAAGUUUCCGACAGAUUUCAUUGAUGGAAUUCCGCAUUGGAAGUCGAUUUCGCGGUACUUUGUACGGGCUGCUAUAUCCCUAUGCUUCUCGGCCGCAUUUUCAGAGCAGUUGGUUGAUUUGAAUAUCUUCAGGGAGAAGCUUUAUCCCAUGCCUCCAUGA